AUGGGUCUAAAUAAUCCUGUUCCAAGAGGUUUAAAAGCUGAAUCAAAGAAAGCUGCAAACAUUUUAAGAAGUUUUGUUAAACCAAACCAAGUGUUUGGUCAAGAUCAAGUCAUUCCACCAGAUGUUUUAAAGAGAGCUAAAGGUUUAGCUGUUAUUACUGUUUUAAAAGCCGGUUUUCUUUUCUCUGGUAGAGCUGGUUCAGGUGUUAUUGUUGCAAGAUUACGUGAUGGUACAUGGUCUGCUCCAUCUGGUAUCUCUAUGGCUGGUGCUGGUGCUGGUGGUUUAGUCGGUGUUGAAUUGACAGAUUUCGUCUUUAUCUUAAACACAACAGAUGCAGUUAAAUCAUUUUCAGAAUUCGGUACCAUUACUUUAGGUGGUAAUGUUUCUGUUUCUGCUGGUCCAUUAGGUAGAAACGCUGAAGCUGCUGCUUCGGCUUCAACAGGUGGUCUUUCAUCUGUCUUUGCAUACUCUAAGAGUAAAGGUUUAUUUGCAGGUAUUUCUGUAGAAGGUUCUGUUAUUGUUGAAAGAAGAGACGCCAAUGCUAAAUUUUAUGGUAGAAAUGUAAAUGCUAAACAAAUUUUAGGUGGUAAAGUUAGACCACCUCCAGCUGUGGAUCCAUUGUUCCGUAUUUUGGAAUCUAGAGCUUUCAACUAUAAGAAUUCUUAUGAUGACUAUUAUGGAGAAGAUCAUGACAAUGAAAGUUUCUAUGCAGAUAUUCCAGACUCUUUCGUCUCAAGUGAUGCUUCUUCAGCCAGGCCAAACACUAGAUCAAGUAGAUGGAGAGGCGAUGGUGACGAUUCUAGAAGCUACCGUGAGGAUUACGACGAUGAUGACUAUGAUGAUGACUACGAUGAUAAUGGUUAUGAUGAUAGGCGUGGUGGUGGAGCCAAUAGAGGUGGUAGAGGUGGUGGCAGAGGAGGUCAAUACUUAGAUGAUGGUUACGAUGACCGUCGUUCCACUAGAAGAGGUGAUGAUUAUGAUGAUGAUAGGGCGUAUGGUCAUGGUAAUAGAGACGAUUAUGGUAGGGGCGACUAUGGCAGUAGUAACAGUAGAAAUGCUAGUGGUGAUUACGGUAGGGGUGAUUACGGUAGUAGCAAUAGAGAUAGGGAUUAUGGUAAAGGCGAUUAUGGUGCUAAUGAUAGCCAGCGUGGUGGUUCUAGAGACUAUUAUCAAAACCAAAGAAACAGUUCAUAUGGAGAUGACAAUUACAGAAGCGGGAAUAGUCCCCGUAACGGCAAUGGUAGCCGUGAUAUAAAUAGAUAUUCUUCAGGUGGUUCCUACGAUAGACAGGCGCCAGCUUCUCCACCUGGUCCUUCACGUAUGACAGGUAUCCCUACAAGAGACGAUGCAGUACCAGGAUCUCCAAAAGCUGUCGCAUUAUAUUCAUUUACUGGUGAAGAAAGAGGCGAUUUAUCAUUCAGAAAGGGUGAUGUUAUUACUAUUAUUAAAAAGUCAGAAUCUCAAAAUGAUUGGUGGACUGGGAGAGUCAGUGGGAGAGAGGGUAUCUUCCCAGCUAAUUAUGUUGAGCUGGUUUAA